GUUGUCGGUUUUAAAGAACCUUUUCAGAAUUUGAAAGCUAUUCAGGUGAGUUGUUUGCAGUGCAGGUCGGAAAAUUUGGUUGCUGUCUAUGUUCAGUUUUACUUAAGUGAAUUAUUUCCUUCAGAAUAAUAAUAGACAGCUCGAUAAGAUUGCGAAAAGGCGGGCAGCAGACACGAAAUACCCUAGGUUGUUUGGCUGUUCCCGAUCAACCUAUUACAGAAGGUUGAGGAAAAUAAAAGCACAGUUUAUAAAGAAGUGUCAGUUACCGAGCUGUGACGAAGAGACAGACAAUACAGUUGUCGUCACAGAAUCGCGUACUACCGUAGCUACAGAGCAGUGGGCUAAUAUUGUCACAGAUACAGCUACUGCUUCGUGUAGUCACGUCCAGUGUUCAGACACAAUCAACGAAAUGUCGCCAGUCAUCCAUCUUUCGGUGAAAGACGAGUUAGACAAAAUGGUCAUUGAAAUGGUGAAAGGUGGUUAUAUAAGCAUAAAGAAGGCUGAUCAAAUACUGGACAUUUUUCGUGCGCGGUAUCCAGAACUUCCAACGUCCGUCCGAAGUGUUCUACGUCGAUGCAACGACGUGGAGCCUAAGGUCCUAGAUUCUGGAACGUAUUACCAUUUAGGAUUGAAAUCCAGUCUUUUGAGAAUUUCAGGACACUGGCUACGGCGAAUCCAUUCCAACGAAUUACAGUUGCAGUUAAACUACGAUGGUCUAUGUUUGUUCAAAAGCUCUAACCAACAGCUGUGGCCGAUCCUAGGUCGUAUAGUAGCUCCACUAGUUAGUAGUGUUUUCGUAGUUGGGAUCUACGGUGGUGAAGUAAAACCAUCUGAUUUCAACGACAUGUCAGCAACACUUAUAACAGAGUUACAGAAGUUGCUGACAGUAGGUAUUAAUGUAGAUAAGUAUCACCUACAUUUAACAGUUAAAUUAGUUGCUGUUAUUUGUGACGCUCUAGCUCGCAGCAACGUCAAGUACAUUGUGGGACACAAUGGUAUCGCUGGCUGUGACAAAUGUCAGGUUGUGACGACUACAAUGUAGCCCAGGAAUUAGAAGUGUGUUUAGCAACAGUGCUGGGCUACAAUACUAACAUCACGACUAACGAUGAAACGCAGCCUUGUGACGCUAAAAAACCAAAAAGAACUGUAUAACGAAAGCACAAUGAUUAUCUAUGCACCUCGGAAGAACUAGAGGUUGCUGAGGUUGAGGCUGGAUUUGCCCCGGUGGAAUUUCCAGUUGUCAACAUUUCAACAGGAACGUUUUCUCCGAUUGCGAGUUCAUCGAAAGCUGACGUAUCAUCACCACUUCCACGUACGUCGACGAAAGUUGAUAAACCUUUGUGCGAUGAUACAAACAAAAUGUUAAGAACGCUCCUGAAAUCGGUCAGUGAGCUGUCUACGAAAAUAGACAAAAUCCUAUUUUUGUGUGAACGCUUAGCCAUGGGUGUAAUCGACAGGCGUACAGAGGAAAUGGAUAGUGAUGCUAUACAUUUCCCAUUAAGAACGCAUGAAAAGUUGCGUUCUUUAGAGGCAGCUUUAGAAAACCAAAAAUACCGAGAUCAUUUCGUGGCAAGGUUAUGCAACCUAAUGUGUGACAAUACUCGGAAAUCAGCUAAAGCUUGUCUUCAAUACCUCCUGUCGCCGGAACUCGCGAACACUUACACUUUGCACGGAACGAGAAAUAAAUUUGGUAUUAGUAAGUACAAAUUUUACUCGACGGUUCAAAGUGCUUUGUGUUCACAUUUCCGAAGUGCAAGCUGCCCGGAAAAGGAAAUAUUACACGCCAUGGCUACAGCAAGCCAGGCCUUCUUGCAUGACGCAAGAGAUAAAGUACAUAAACGUGGAUGGCGAUCCAAAGAAAGGCUGGCUUCGCAGGCUUUAUCAGACGUUACUAACAUUAUCAACGACACUUCUACGUCUACGUAAGGUGCUGCUGUUACAACGCAAUGAAAAACUUUGUAUAAAUGAUUCAUUUGUAAUUUUAUUAACUGUAAUAAACAUUUAUAUAUUUCAUAAAUCAGUCUUUUGAUAAUCGCGACAAAUCGGUUAACAUUAUGUUUCAUUAGCAAUGCGCGAUUGACGAAAAGUAAUAAAACGUCGCAGUAAGAAAUGUACGUAAGCAUUCUCCUAGGUCUUCCGUGAUGUCGAUAGGCUUUCGAGAAGCUUUUGCGUUAAAACAGUUUUCCAGGGAAACCCAAAGGUUUGGGGAAGCUUCCCCAAAAUGAUAUAACUAUCGUGUCCGUUCCCCUUUUACCCGGCUUCGCAGGCUUUAACAGACGUCACCACAGUGUAUUUGUUCUUUUGUAUAUUGUUUUAUAC